CUAUCCACAAGUUAUGCCACCUUUCUCUGCUGAUAUUCUAAGUCAAUAAAUACCUAACGGAUCUUCUCAAGUUUCUGCAAAAUCCAGUUUUUGUUUAAUCCUGUUGAUUGAUCAAAAUGAAGGCUUCAUAUUGUGUUAGUCAGAACUUGUCCAUGUCUUUGAAAUGCAUGAAAGAAGAUGAAAGUCAGAUUCAUAAGUACAGAAAAGGAAGCAGAUAUGUUUGGUGGGGUUAUGAGGUCAACACCUCUUCAGAUGAUUGCAUCGCUGCCAUUAACUCCUAUUCUCACCAGGUUCUUGGCUAUGGAAGAGAGAAGAAGGUGAUUCUAGAAGCUCCAUUGUAUGAUAAAGAUUGUGUUUUGGGCAACGUUUUGGCUGCCCAUUGCCUUAUCUCUUCUGACGUUUCCAGAGCCAAAACCUAUGCUAAAGCUGCAGAAUCUCAUCUUGGAAAAGCUACACCGUAUGAGAAAGCAGUUUUCAAGGCUGUUAAUUACUUGAUAUCUGAUCAUAUGGACGAAGACGUGGCUUUGGAGUUACACUCUAAGUUAUUGAAAAAGUUUCCCAAAGAUUUGCUAUCUUGGAAGAGAGUAGAGAUUCUCUGUUUCUACAUGGGUCGACCUGAUCUCUCUUUGCCUCUGUUUAAGAAGAUUAUACCGGAGAAUCGAGACCAAGACUAUGUUUAUGGUAUGCUUGCCUUUCCCUUAUUGGAGCUUGGACAUUUAGCAGAAGCUGAGAAAGCGGCUAGGAAAGGAUAUGAGAUCAACAAAAACGACUCUUGGGCUCAUCAUUGCUUGUGUCAUGUUCUUCAAACUGAAUGUCGUUUCAAGGAAGCAGUAGAGUUCAUGGAAGGAUGCGCAGCUUCAUGGGAUUCUUGCUCUUCCUUAAGGUAUUCGCAUAAUUGGUGGCAUGUAGCUGUUUGUUACUUGGAAGGAGGGUCACCCCUAAGUAAGGUACAAGAAAUAUAUGAUCAUCAAAUGUGUAAAGAACUGGAGAAAGAAGAUGCUGUUGCUACAGAUGUUUAUAUGGAUGCUCUCGGUUUGUUGUUACGCUUGGACACACGCGAUAAACAAGAUGAGUUUUUAGACAGACUAAAGAUCCUAGCAAACUGCUUGACUGAUGAAGGAAUGUGGUAUCAGGAGUGGCUCUUUGAUAUUACAAUAAUUUGGGCAUUGAGCAAAGUUGGAAACACUUCACAGGCACAUGUAUUGCUCGAGGGCCUCAAGUCCCGAACAUCUAAGAUGAGCAAGAAGAAACAACAGUUGAUGCAGAAAGCCAUCCAGGUUGCUGAAGCUGUUUAUGAAUAUGGGAAAGGCAACUACAAAAAAGCUCUAGAACUGCUCGGUCCAGACUUUGACGCUGCUGACUAUAAGGUGAUUGGAGCAUCGGAUUUACAGAUGGAUGUUUUUAAUGAAAUAUGGUACAAACUGUUGUUACUCAACGGCAAAACUUCUAGUGCGAUUAAAGUACUGGAGAAGAGGAUCAGACAGAGAGAUGGUGCUCCUUUCUUGUGGCGUUUGCUGGAGAAGAGUUACGCUAUGGAAGGCAAUACAGAAGCUGUCAUAACUGCGUGUGAGAAAGCCAAGGCGUUGGAAGCUUCAUAUUUCAAGUUUGAUUGAUUGAACCAAAAGAAAAAACAGCAUCGUCCUGUCAUCCUUUUGACAUGCUUUUGCACUCUGUUACAAUAAUUUAACUCGUUAUGGUCAUAUAGGUCAAUGUAAAAAUUGACCAUAAAGUUAUGGUCAUAUAGGUCAAUGUAAAAAUUGACCUUAAACAUUCUAUGUAAAUUUGGUUCAUAAAAGACUAAUAGACGUUCACGUAAGAUUACAGGAUUCAAAUUGUCAAUAUGUAAGUUUUGUAUUACUUUUUUCAGCAA